AUGUGGACAUUGCGGCGGGAGGGGAGGCCCGGCCAGACACAUGGUUCACUGUGUGAGAAACGGGAUCAAGGUUCACUGUAUGAGGAACGGGAUCAAGGUUCACUGUAUGAGAAACGGGAUAAAGGUUCACUGUAUGAGAAACGGGAUAAAGGUUCACUGUAUGAGGAACGGGAAAGGGGUUCACUGUAUGAGAAACGGGAAAGGGGUUCACUGUAUGAGAAACGGGAAAGGGGUUCACUGUAUGAGAAACGGGAUAAAGGUUCACUGUAUGAGGAACGGGAAAGGGGUUCACUGUAUGAGAAACGGGAAAGGGGUUCACUGUAUGAGAAACGGGAUAAAGGUUCACUGUAUGAGGAACGGGAAAGGGGUUCACUGUAUGAGAAACGGGAAAGGGGUUCACUGUAUGAGAAACGGGAAAGGGGUUCACUGUAUGAGGAACGGGAAAGGGGUUCACUGUAUGAGAAACGGGAAAGGGGUUCACUGUAUGAGAAACGGGAAAGGGGUUCACUGUAUGAGAAACGGGAAAGGGGUUCACUGUAUGAGAAACGGGAAAGGGGUUCACUGUAUGAGAAACGGGAAAGGGGUUCACUGUAUGAGAAACGGGAAAGGGGUUCACUGUAUGAGGAACGGGAAAGGGGUUCACUGUAUGAGAAACGGGAAAGGGGUUCACUGUAUGAGGAACGGGAAAGGGGUUCACUGUAUGAGGAACGGGAAAGGGGUUCACUGGGUUCACUGUAUGAGAAACGGGAAAGGGGUUCACUGUAUGAAAAACGGGAAAGGGGUUCACUGUAUGAGGAACGGGAAAGGGGUUCACUGUAUGAGGAACGGGAAAGGGGUUCACUGUAUGAGAAACGGGAAAGGGGUUCACUGUAUGAGAAACGGGAAAGGGGUUCACUGUAUGAGGAACGGGAAAGGGGUUCACUGUAUGAGAAACGGGAAAGGGGUUCACUGUAUGAGAAACGGGAAAGGGGUUCACUGUAUGAGAAACGGGAAAGGGGUUCACUGUAUGAGAAACGGGAAAGGGGUUCACUGUAUGAGAAACGUGAAAAGGGUUCACUGUAUGAGGAACGGGAUAAAGGUUCACUGUAUGAGAAACGGGAUAAAGGUUCACUGUAUGAGGAACGGGAAAGGGGUUCACUGUAUGAGGAACGGGAAAGGGGUUCACUGUAUGAGGAACGGGAAAGGGGUUCACUGUAUGAGGAACGGGAAAGGGGUUCACUGUAUGAGAAACGGGAAAGGGGUUCACUGUAUGAGAAACGGGAAAAGGGUUCACUGUAUGAGAAACGGAAUAUAGGUUCACUGUACGAGAAACGGGAUUUAGAUUCACUGUAUGAGAAACGGGAAAAGGGGUUCACUGUACGAGAAACGGGAUUUAGAUUCACUGUAUGA